AUGCGAAUUGCGUUGAAUCACUUCCUGUUCAAAAUUGGCGAAGUCGAGUCGGAUCUCUGUAGCUGCGAAGAGGGCUCACAGACGCCAAGGCACGUUCUACUACGUUGUCCGCGCUUUGUGGAUGAGAGGAAAGAGAUGCUGGAAAAGAUCCAAGCACGGACGGAUCUCAGAGGGUUGGAUUAUGAGGCACUUAUGUCUCACCCGCGUGCGACUCGCUACGUCGCAGAAUUCAUGAUUCGGAUAGGUCUUCUUGGGCAAUUCCGCCACUGUGAAGUGAAGCUGGAGCCAGACCCAGAGGACGACGAAACAACUGGCUAG